UCAGUGUAAACAAGCAGAACAGUAAGGUGUGUGUCUUCUGGCAAUCCACAUAGAACACAAUCGCUCGGUAAGCGAUUACACAUGUCUGAAAACAUGGCGAAUUUUGUGGAGGCAACAUCCUCGCAGCAGUUUGAGGACUUGCUAUCAAAGGCUGGCAAGUUCUUGACGGUGGUCCACUUCCAGGCAGCAUGGGCCCCUCAGUGCAGUCAGAUGAACGAUGUGAUGGGAGAGCUGGCCAAAGAGAACAAACACACCAUGUUUGUCAAGCUGGAGGCAGAAGCAGUGCCAGAGGUAUCAGAGAAAUAUGAGAUCGCCUCAGUCCCUACCUUCCUCUUCUUUAAGGGUGGCCAGAAGAUUGACAGGCUGGACGGAGCUCAUGCUCCAGAGUUGACCAAUAAGGUCCAGAGGCUGUCGGUCAGCUCGGGGGGGCUGGGCGAGCCAGGGGCUGAGCCCCCUAAAGAGGACCUUAAUGAGCGUCUGAAGAGACUGAUCAACGCAGCACCCUGCAUGCUCUUCAUGAAGGGAUCCCCCCAGGAACCCCGCUGCGGUUUCAGCCGUCAGAUUGUGGCGCUUUUCAAGGACCACGCUAUCCAGUUCAGCAGUUUUGACAUCCUGUCAGACGAGGAAGUGAGAGGGGGGCUGAAGACCUUCUCCAACUGGCCCACCUACCCUCAGGUUUACAUUAACGGAGAACUCGUAGGGGGACUGGACAUUGUCAAGGAACUAGCUGAAUCUGGAGAGCUACAGAAUACCUGUCCCAAGGCUGUCACACUGGAACACAGGUUGAAGUCGACCAUCAACAGGAGUCCAGUCAUGCUGUUCAUGAAGGGCAAUAAAGAGCAAGCCAAAUGUGGAUUCAGUCUUCAGAUACUGGAGAUAAUGAACAGCGCAGGAGUGGAAUAUAGUACCUUUGAUAUCCUGGAAGAUGAGGAGGUGAGACAGGGGCUGAAGACCUACUCAAACUGGCCAACGUACCCUCAGCUAUAUGUCAAGGGGGAACUCAUUGGCGGGCUGGACAUUGUGAAAGAGCUUAAAGAGAGUGGAGACCUUUCUUCUGUCCUGAGGGGUGAAUGCUAGAUUCCUGCAGCACUGUUACGGGAAUAAACUAUGGACUACUGCACUCUUCCUUCCCCUCUCUACCCUCUUCUCUUCCCCUCUACCCUCUUCUCUUCCCCUCUCCCCACUCUACCCUCUUCUCUUCCCCUCUCCCCACUCUACCCUCUUCUCUUCCUCUCUACCCUCUUCUCUACCCACUUCUCUACCCUCUUCUCUACCCACUUCUCUACCCUCUUCUCUUCCUCUCUACCCUCUUCUCUUCCCCUCUACCCUCUUCUCUUCUUCUCUACCCUCUUCUCUACCUUCUUCUCUACCCUCUUCUCUACCCUCUUCUCUACCCUCUUCUCUUCCCUCUUCUCUUCCCCUCUACCCUCUUCUCUUCCCCUCUACCCUCUUCUCUUCCUCUCUACCCUCUUCUCUUCCCUAUUCUCUACCCUCUUCUCUUCCCCUCUACCCUCUUCUCUUCCCCUCUACCCUCUUCUCUUCCCCUCUACCCUCUUCUCUUCCCCUCUACCCUCUUCUCUUCCCCUCUACCCUCUUCUCUUCCCCUCUACCCUCUUCUCUUCCCCUCUCUACCCUCUUCUCUACCCUCUUCUCUUCCCCUCUACCCUCUUCUCUUCCCCCCUCUACCCUCUUCUCUUCCCCUCUACCAUCUUAGAAAUUCCUUAACCUCCCACUUAAAGCCAACAAGGUCACAGUGAAUGCAGUCUGAGGCACAAGGGAUGAAAUAAGUCGUAUUUUAUCCGUCCAUUGAUUUCUGAACAUAGCACAGGUGUCCAAAUAAACCCGAUUGAUCAAAGUGCAUUUUUCAACCACCAGCUGCACAUAUAAUAAAGUCAUCCAUGAUGCUA